CAGUAGCUCAUUCAGAAAUGGAGUUCACUUGUUUACCGACGUAACCUAAAAGACACAUGUUUUGAUUUUCCUCGUUACUGUGCCACAUUGUUUCUAACUCUCUUUUCAAUCGAACUUCAGAUAUUACUAUUUAUUAUUUUGCUCUCUAAGUUUAUUGUUUUGUUGUUUAUCAUUUCAUUGACUAUAAUGGAAAAUAAAAAAUACUUAAUUGGUGAUAUCAAAGAAAAUCUUGUUGGACGAAAAUUACCAACAAACGGAGAGGUUUUAUCAGCGUUCUUAUAUCAGCAUUGUAUACACAAACUAACAUUAAAAAAAAGUGCUUCAGGUACAAUAAAAAAAGUUGAAGAAAAAUGGUUACAAGCUGGACUUCCAACUUGCAAAAAUUCUCAUGCUGUGCAGAAAGUUUUACAAUUAUUUAAUGAAUGGUUGAAACUCAAGAAAAGUCGAUAUCGAAAAAAAUCUACUACGCAGAAAAAAAAAGAGACAAUGUUAAAAGAAAAGUUUGUAAAAUUAUUUGAUAUUGCUCGUUUAGAUCCGAAGCAAAAACUUGAUGAUACAAAAAAACUAUUUUUGGAAUCUCAACGAUCUAACAAACGUUAUGGAUUUAUUGACACAAGUGCUUCAAAUGAAGAAAUUCAUCAAGUUGCCAUGGAUAUUGAUGUUGAUGGUAUUAAUCAGCCUACAACUAGUAGUCCAGUUCAGGAUGGUAGUAUUAUUUCACGGUUCCAAUCGACAAUUGGUACAGGAACGACAUCUGGAAGUCAACAAUCAGAAAUGUUUUCUGACUUUGAACCUCCAUCUAGUCAGCCAAAUCCUCCUCCUAAAAUUGAUAUAAUGACUCCUGAACUUGUAUCUGCCCUCGAUCGAGCAAAUGUUACUAGUCGAAAUGCUACUUUUAUCUUAGCUCCUGCUUACCAAAGUAUUGGAAUAGAUAUUGAAACAUUAAAUUUAAGCUACAGUACUAUCCGGCGAGCCCGUCUUAGAUUUAGACAAGCUAUCGCAGAGCACUUGAAAGAAAAGUUUAAAACUGAAGAUCGCUAUACUGUACAUUGGGAUGGUAAAAUUUUAACUGAUUUGACCGGUUCUGAAUCUGUAGAUAGAAUUGCAAUAAUAUUAUCUACUUCGAACGUCAAUCAACUCCUCGGUGUACCAAAAAUAUUUGACGGAACUUCAGAAAAUCAUGCUGUAGCUAUAUUAAAUACAUUGGAAGACUGGAAAGUUACUCCUUACAUUAAGGCUAUGUGCUUUGACACUCCAGCAGUGAAUACUGGAAUACUAAAUGGCACAGCCGCUUUGAUUGAAAGAAAAUUGAACCGGAAACUAAUUUGGUUACCUUGUCGCCACCACAUUUUCGAAAUUAUUUUGAAAGGAGUUUUUGAGGUGUUUUGGCCAACAACUUCUGGUCCCAGUGUACCUAUUUUUGGGCGAUUUAAAAAUUGGUGGAGCAAAGCCGAUCAUUUAAAGUAUCAAAGUGGUUACUCAGCCAAGGAAUGA